CACCCCUACAGCUCACACAGAAGUCAUUUUCAAACCAAGCAUCUUUCUGCUGGCCUUUGGGGCAAAUCUGAAAUCUGCAUGGGGAAAUCUUUUGCAGGAAUGCAUGAUUGCAUAGAAUCCUAUUAAAAUGACUGGAUUUCGCAGAACAACAGUAAAUGUGGCUGCACCUUAAAAUCAGUGCAGACAUGAUUUGAACAUGGCUCUUUCUGUGACAGAGUUCUGUAUUUACUUCAGCUCCUUUGGCCAGGCAUGGCUUUAGGUGUAACCUCACUUAGCCACAGGAUUAUGUCCGUAAACCUUUUAGAGGUAUAAGCCUGUGAUUGGUCAACUUUGACCCAAUGACUUGCCGUACUGUCUUGUGAACAUAGCUAGUCUCUUUUCCCCAAGAACAAAUUCUCCUAUCGGAUGUGUAUGGUCCAUUCUGCCUCUAGACCAGCUUCAGCUUUCAAGAUGCAUCUUCUUCAUUCUAAGGUGUAAAUGUGAGAUAUUGAAUCUCUGGAAGACAGGCUCUUUCAGGCAAAGGACGGUGUCCUACAGUUCCAGCAGACCCAGGCCUGGGGAAAUCAUUAACCGAAAAAAACAGCACAACAGGACACUGACCUCAUCAUAUAUUGCUGCAUUAUCACUGGCCAUCUGAGUUGGAGAGUGAGGCGGGCUUGGUUUGCGAGCGUCGCUCCGCAGAGCCGUCCGAUGACUAUCUGACUCAUCACAACCCGCGAAUGACAGGCGUGCAUUCGAAGGUGGGGCCCGCCUCAGUCUCACAUGAUUGGCUGCUGGAUGGAAAUAAGGUGAAUGGAACACAUGCCCAAGGAGCAGGACCCAAACCAAUCAGAGGGAGAAGAGAAACGGUGGCUCGAUGGCCCGAAAAGGAAGAGAAAGAACAGCCAGUGUUCGGUGAAGAGCAUGUCUGGGUACAUCCCCAGCUAUCUGGAUAAGGAUGAGCCGUGUGUGGUGUGUGGAGACAAAGCUACCGGCUAUCACUACCGCUGCAUCACCUGCGAAGGCUGUAAGGGAUUCUUCAGGCGCACCAUCCAGAAGAACCUCCACCCCUCUUACUCCUGUAAGUACGAUGGCUGCUGCAUCAUCGACAAGAUCACCCGCAACCAGUGCCAGCUGUGCCGCUUCAAGAAAUGCCUCGCCGUGGGCAUGGCCAUGGAUCUGGUUCUGGACGACUCCAAGCGGGUUGCGAAGCGGCGCUUGAUUGAGGAGAACCGUGAGAAGCGGAAGAAGGAGGAGAUGGUCAAAUCCCUGAAGACUCGGCCAGAACCCACCAGCUCAGAGUGGGAGCUGAUCCGUAUGGUGACAGAAGCUCACCGCCACACCAAUGCACAGGGCUCUCACUGGAAACAGAAACGCAAGUUCCUGCCAGAGGACAUUGGACAGUCUCCGGUGGCCCCCACAUCAGAUGGGGACAAAGUAGAUUUGGAGGCCUUCAGCGAGUUUACCAAGAUCAUCACCCCAGCCAUCACACGUGUUGUUGACUUUGCCAAAAAACUGCCCAUGUUUUCGGAGCUGCCUUGUGAGGAUCAGAUCAUCUUGCUGAAGGGCUGCUGUAUGGAGAUUAUGUCCCUACGUGCUGCAGUUCGGUAUGACCCGGAAAGCGAGACCUUGACCCUGAAUGGAGAGAUGGCUGUCAAACGAGAGCAGCUAAAGAACGGAGGGCUGGGCGUUGUGUCUGAUGCCAUCUUUGACUUAGGCAAGAGUCUGGCACAGUUCAACCUAGAUGACACAGAGGUGGCCCUACUGCAGGCCGUACUGCUUAUGAGCUCAGAUCGAACAGGCUUGACAUGUGUGGAGAAGAUUGAGAAGUGCCAGGAGCUGUACCUUCUAGCCUUCGAACACUACAUCAACUAUCGCAAGCACAACAUUCCUCAUUUCUGGCCCAAGCUGCUGAUGAAGGUGACGGACCUGCGCAUGAUCGGAGCCUGCCACGCCAGCCGCUUCCUGCACAUGAAGGUGGAAUGCCCCACUGAACUCUUCCCCCCACUUUUCCUGGAGGUCUUUGAGGAUCAGGAUGUGUGACAUCCCAGCGAACCUCGGCAGGAGAAUCAACAACAUUUUGUAACCCGUUUUCCUCUACCCGUCUCACCCCCCUCCACGCACCAAACUCACCAGCAGCAGCUGCAUUGGCAGGGGUCAUCUUCAGAAAGGCUUUCAUACGGUGGGGUUUGAGUCGACAACUUUUUUUUUUUUCUUUUCACAGAAAACUCAGCCCUCCCUCAUCUACUAAAUUCCCCACAUGUGGCCCUUCUGUCUCAGCAUGAUGUCUUAUACUGGUUUACCAACACCUUAGACACAGAAUAUACAUCUACACACACACACUCCUGUAUGUGUGCUUACAGAUGCUUGACUCAUGCGACUCAAAUCCUCCGAUGAGCUUGUAAGCAUUUGUACACGUACAGACUGCACUACUGUCACGCCACCACUGGAGGUGCCCUCUGCUAAGACUGGAUGGCAGCUGGCAUAUAGAUUCCUCCGCCAGGUCGUGAAGUGGUCAGUUCAUUUCGUUGAUUGAAAUCUCAGCGUUCUCGUGAGAUUGACCGUCGGUAUCUCAAGCUCCGCGCUAACAUGGAUCUUCUUUAACAGACCACAUGAUUCUCUUCGAUAUUGAGCCUGUGUGUGGAGCGGGAGGAAUUUUUUGAACCAAAUCAGGUACUAUAUUUAAAUAAAGCUACUCAAAAUGAUUUGGGACUUUUCGAGAAUAUAUCUCCCUCCCUACUCAGUAGGACACGGACCGUUGAAAGCUCUCAGUCGCCAUUUUAGUGCUCAUUCAGGGGUGCCACUCUGCGACUUUGUGUGCGGUUCAUUCUUGCCAUUGUCUGGGCUUAUUUGUGGACUCAUUGAGCCCCUCUUUGUCCCAGGAAAGUCACGCAGAGAGAUGGAAAUCCAGGCGCCCCUACACCUCCAAUCCGCACUGAUUUGUGUGUUUUACAGGUGUCGGGAGGGAGCCAGUAUUACCGUACUCCCAGACCCAUCACACACACACAAAUGUACUAAAACAAACACCUCAAAACUCGAAUGCCUCAUUUUUACUGUAUGCACUGCAGUGCUGUAGUUCUGGACUCCCAUGCAGGGCUUUGAGAGUUCAGUCCAGCCCAUCUGUGUUCCACUCAGAUGCUACUGUUGCCCGGUCUGUGCGAACACACACGCAUACUCCUGACGGGCCAUGGCGGACUGGCUGUAGCUGAUGUUUUUUCUUUGUUGAUUUUGUUUUACCUCAAAUGUGGGCACACCUCCGGCUGGCUGUGGCUCCUAGACUGCCUCUGUGCUGACAGGUUCUACCUCACCUCUGGACACAGGGCAGCUACCCUCAGCCACACACACACACAUUUACACACACCUACACACACUUGUAUUCUCACACACUAACAGCCAGGAUAGAAAAACUCGCAAACACAGUUUCUUCUCAGUUACGUUGAAAUACCACUGUAGACAGGAGGGCCUGCCAUUCCUCAUCGUAGCCUGUCAGAUUUCUCUGAGGUCUCUUCACUCUGGGCUGAGAGAAAAAACUAUUCUGGAUGGGCUUUUUUUUUGUUUGUUUGUUUCUUUUCGUGUGGGACCAAGUGUCACUUCGAUUUCCGUCAAAACGGAAGCUAGUUUUUAGCAGACGGCAAACUAAACCAUACAUCCCGCUGACUUAAGAUGAAGGACCUGAGGUGGCCAGGCCUGAACCGAAUGGGUCUAUCGCUGUUUCCUUUUUUCAAUACCAAGCAGUAAUUUGCAAAGUGGAGCUAGGAGUUGGCUGGUUUCUUCAUGGUGGGGCAGGGGAUGUGGGGAAGCUAGCAGUUGAAUGAUAGCACUUAGUUUUGAAAGAACCAAAAAUUCGGAAACGAUUCAACCCCUGGCACCUUUUAAGGAGUUUUUGCACUAAGGCAUGAUGGGUCCCACCCUCCAGCUCAGUCGCAUGUUUUCCAAGGACAUGACCCCAACCUCUCUGUCAAACAGAGGCCACACCUACAUGUGCUCCUGAGCACACCCUCAGAGUCAGUAUUAUGUCAAGCAACGUCCUCAACAAAUGACGAAACACUCAUUCACGAAUAGACCUCUGUGUCCCCGCCCCCUCGAAGCCAGAAGUGGCUUGAGUCAAACACCCAACUGAAACGGGCCUUUCCUUUGUGAGACAAAGGAGCAGCCAAGCCAUGCAAAGAAUGGCAGCACCGUAUGAAUGUGAAUGAGGAGCAGCAGAAUGAAAGAACCAGGAUGAGGUGUUGCUCUAUAAUGAGGUUGUGAAGGAAGAACGAGGGGAACUGUGAGCAUUCCGUAAACACCCUGCAUGGAGUUCCAUCUUGGAAUAGGAGUGACGCAGCAGUGGACACCAAUUGGCUGAUCGAGUGAACGCAAGGGUUUCGAUGCUGCUUUACCUUUUAAUUUUAUUUGAGAGAGAUAGAAUAAGAAAAAAAAAAGAAAUGAUAAAAGAAUUAGAAACCCAGAAAACAAAUAAAAAAAUGACUCCAGAACAAAGAGUUCAAAUCUCGGAGCUUGAGCUGUUCGUUUCUUUCUUUUUGUUUUGAACUGAAAUGUGUGUGUUCGUUUUCAAUGCUUACCUGCUCUAUGUAAGAGAGAAAAACAACAGCCGUACUGCUCGACUGCUCUGUUUGUUUGUGUAUCUGUCCUUCGUCUUUUUAUCAAGAGGAAUUUACAACAAGAAACAGGAAUAUUUUCUUUUUUAUAUUUUGUUUUCUUUUUUUAUGAAAGAAGACUUAGAAAAAAAAACAUGAGAAAUAAUGCAACAGAAACUGAAAAAAAAAACUGAAACACAAUCUACUCAUACCUCACACAACACAAAGCUUAAAUGAACUUGGGAGGAGUGCUUAUCUGCGUGGCACUUGUGUCAAAAUACGUCCGGUGCAUGUGUUGAACUGUACGAUGGGGUGUAUGUGCGCAUAAGCGUUCAUGUGAUCGCGGAAGCACACGGCCUCCUCCUUCGGCCUCGAGAGCCCAUCUGUUUUAGAUUUGCACCAGUUGCAUGCAUUAGCCUCCGUUUGUGAACGGUGUCACCAGCGCUGAUGCGAUGGGCUGUGAUGGGAACGGACGGGAUGCGGUGUGGCUGGAAGGCUGGAAAGGGAGUCGUGUGCAUCCGUGACAGCAGAGAGCGCUUCGUGGUAUUGAAUGUAGCUGACAGGACUGGGCAGGAACCGAGCCCGGGAACUAGAACCUCACUUCAGGUCACCAGCAAGAGUGGACAGUGCUGUCAAAAUGAUGUUACACAAACAGCUUACUAAACGUAUAUUGCCCGCCUUCAAGGUGCAAUACUUGUGUUUUGUUUUGUUUUUCUUUUUUGUACUUUUUCAAGUUUUUUGGCCAUAACCAAGGAUGUAAAUACAAAACGAAAAGAUAUUGAAAGAUUAAAUUACUAUGUGUUAACCAUAUGCAACCGUCACAUACUGGAUGUCGAGGCCAGAACGCAGCCGUCUGAUCCCGCCAUUUUUGUAAAGUAAAUCUGCGUAUGUAGCUCUGUAAAUGCUUCACACAUCUGUACGUGUGCUUUUGUGCACUCGCAAACGUGCAUGUUCAAUACAAAUAUGAAGAAGAAGUGCCCCAUUAAAUUAACAAUCCAACUCUGUGCCUCCGCAACCCUCUGCCCCACACUCAAACCGCUCUUUCCGACAGGGUAGCUAGACAUACAUUUGUUCGUUAGGUCAGAUUGCUGGUAGAGACAUACAGUAGGUGGGUAAUGUCUGGUACCCAGAAGCACUUAGCUGGCCUCACUACUGCCAAUCAGUUUCCUCAGAGAAGAACAGUAGAUACUGGUUUUGUUUCGCUUUGGUGGUGGUGGAGUUUUGUUUCUCGCCCCUUUUUACCAAAUUUUGUGUGUUAUCUUUUUUUUUCUUUAGAGAACGACAAAAAACGCCCAGAAGCAAGAAUGUCUAUGCAAUGCUAAACCCUCUGAUAGCAUGAUUACUGUGUUAAUGAUCCCUGAUUAGCAGACAUGCCUCUAAACACCUCCCCUCCCAGAAUCCCACCCACCGCAACUGCAUGAGCCUCAGUCAGUUUGUCUGUUCAUCAGUCAGUGUAAAAGUCAUGGGAAGGAUAGCCCUAACUGCUGCCUGAGACCUGCUUUGUCAAACCUUACGAACAUUUGAGGGCGCUAGUUCAACUUUCCACUCAUCUCCGAUGAUGUCAUCCACUGUCGAGGGACUGCAUUUGUGUUUCUAUGUAUGUGUUUGCGUCGAAUGCUCUCAUGGUUCGGUGGAUUGGUACUACCUGUUAGAAACAAAACGGCAUUUCAUACGUUCAGAAUGUUAAUUAGUUUUGUAGAAACAGCAAAAUAUCAUUCAUAUUCUUUUGUCAACCAAAAACUGUUUUUGAGUUGAAAUUCUUUCCCCUCUCAGCUGAUACUGAAUCUCAGACCAAACUCGUCAGUUUUAAAGCUGAAGUGUGUCAUUUGUUUUUCUUAAUAUGCUAAAUCAACUACUUUAUAUGAUAAAAUACUUGAUUACUACACAGAGAUUACUAGAAGUAAGCCAUUUCUAGGCUGAUUUCACCAAAAAGUGUAAACACACUGUCUCUGAGGCACUAUCAGAACAUUUCACUGGCCUGGCAACAGCUCAACCAAUCGUGUGAGUUUGAGGCGGGGCUAUCAGUUUUAUCUAGCCAAUAGCAGAAGAGGGGGGUGUUUUGGAAACCUGCAGUUCCAUUUAAAGACACUGGUGGCAAAGAAAUGGCACACUUCAGCUUUAACACAGUAUGCGAAACCCUAAAUGAACGAAAGAAAUCAACAAGCAUGCUAUUUUUGAACAUUUGAGUUUGAUUGGCCGCCCUCACCACUGUGAUGUCAAAGCCCUCGUUUUCUCUGUUUCCUUUGAAUGUGAGUAUCUUCAUUUGAUUAGACUGUGUUUGUGAAUAUGAACAAGUGCUCAUGUGUAAAAUGCACCCAGCCAUGAGAGUGUGAGCAGAGAGCGGGGAUGAUGUCCAUACCACAGCUGUUUUAAAUGAGACUGGAAAGGAAAGCUAUUGAAGGAUUCUCUCAGGUAUCAACAAAAUAAAAAAAGACAAAA